AUGACCGUUGGUGAGAUGACCUUGACCCUGGAUGAUGUUGGCACUAUUCUUGGCCUUCCCAUUGUAGGCAAAUUAGUCAGCAUACCAGAUGUGACAGAUCAUCAUGGAGUUACAUUACUCGUUUAUGGCUUGGGGAUUACUGAACGUGCAGCACAUGAAAAGGUUUCUUCUGCUGGUGGUAAUUCAGUCAGGCUUGAAUGGUUACGAUGUCAAUUUGCUGGUGUCACAGAUUCAGACCCCGAGGAGGCUAUACAGUGCGCUGCAAGAGCUUAUUUUUUGUUUCUGUUGGGAUGUACACUCUUCAGUGACAAGAGUGGCGGCAAGGUUCCCGUUGUUUACCUCGACUUGUUCAUGGAUUUGGGCUCCAUACAUACUUAUGCCUGGGGUGCUGCUACAUUAGCAUUUUUAUAUAGACAGUUGGGGUUUGCUAGCCGGUCUGGGGUUAAGAAGAUGGGUGGUUAUAUGACUCUUUUGGAGGCGUGGAUUUAUGAGCACUUCCGAGCAUUCCGACCUCAUCAGAACAUGGGCUACAAUGAAGACAUGCCACACGUGUACCAUUGGGCAUCUAGGAGAGAGGCGGGUUCCUCCAUUGACCAUUUGAAAUCUUUUCGAGCCGAGCUUGACAGUUUAGUAGCUACUGAUGUUAUUUGGGAUCCAUACCACAGCUGCAGAGACCGGCAUCCAUGUAACCCGGUUAUGUUCUACCAUGGAUGCUUAAAGUGCUUAGACGUUGUCGAACCAUAUCAUCCAGAUAGAGUUUUGAGGCAGUUUGGCAGGGUUCAAACCAUCCCAGAUGCACCGCUAGCUCCUAGUCGUGGUGCACGAGGCAACAUAUCUGCACGAUAUACCAUCAUGUACAGAUACUUGGAUAGGAUGUGGGAGGCUUGGGAUAAUUGUCGAACCCUAUCAUCCAGAUAG